AUACGUUAAGAACAUAGAAAAGGUCAAAAGUUCCGAUGGAGAAGGAGAAACGCACAUGAUCCAACUCCAUCACCUCAACCAUAGCUACUGUGAGAUCUUUCCAUUCCCUUUCUCUUACAAAUACCCAUCUUUCAAUUCAUACAAUCUAACCAAUACAAAUCACAAAGUCAAUAAACAUUAUUCAUUCUUGCAACAAUGGAUUCCAGUCGCAACUCCUCUUCUAGCGGUCAAGAUCAACAACAUUCUCCCAUGGACAUGUUAUCUUCUGCAAAGAAUGCAACACAAUCUGCUAUUUCAAAUGCUGCUGGUAGCAUUGCAAAUGCAGUCGGUGACAAGGUUGAUGAUUUUCUCCACCUUAAUGACUCAACUACUAAAUGGAACAACACCUCCACCACCACCCAUUCUAGUAGCAAGCAUGACAGUGAUAACCGCACUAGCAGUGGUUAUGGGAAAAGUGGUAGAUCAGAAAGUGAAUAUGGAGGAAGUGGACGUUCGAGUAGCCAUGACUAUAAGUCUGGUAGUGCGUAUGAUGAUGCAGGUCGUUCUGGUGGAGAUCGUUCUGGUGUAGGUUAUGGUGGUGAUGGUCAUUCCAGUAGUGGAUACGGCGGGGACGGAAUUUCCAGUGGGGGAGGUCGUUCGAACAGCGGUUAUGGUGGUGAUAGAAUUUCCAGUGGUGGAGGUCGUUCUAACAGUGGCUAUGGUGAUGGAAUUUCUAGUGGUGGAGGUCGUUCAAGCAGUGGUUAUGGAGGCGAUGGAAUUUCUAGUGGUGGAGGCCGUUCUAACAGUGGCUAUGGUGAUGGAAUUUCUAGUGGUGGAGGUCGUUCUAACAGUGGCUAUGGUGAUGGAAUUUCUAGUGAUGGAGGUCGUUCAAGCAGUGGUUAUGGAGGCGAUGGAAUUUCUAGUGGUGGAGGCCGUUCAGGCAGUGGUUAUGAUGGUCGUUCUGGAAGUGGGUAUGGUGGUGAUGGAAUUUCUAGUGGGGGAAAUCGUACUAGUGGUGGUUAUGGUGGUGAUGGAUUUUCUAGUGGUGGAGGUCGUCCAAGCAGUGGUUAUGGUGGAGGCCAUUCUGGUAGUGGUUAUGAGGGUCAUGGUCACUCUAGUGGUGGCUAUGGUGAUGGAUAUGGAGGUGAUGGAGGUCGUUCUGGUAGUGGAUAUGGUGAGAAAGGUCGUUCUGGUAGUGGUUAUGGUGGAAGAUAUGGAGGUGAUGAUGACAAUCAUUCCGGUGGGAGAUCUAGGAAUGAGAGUCAUGGAAGUGGUGGAUAUGAUAAUGAUAGUCAUUCAAGAAGUGGAUAUACUUAUACAAAUUAA